CCGUAGCGGUAGUGUUUGUGGUGGUUACGUGAUGUUGUGGUGGUUACGUGAUGCAUUGACAUUUAGUGUUUCGUUGUGAUUUGUCGCGUCGAGUUUCCUCACAGUAAGAAGACGCUUUGAUUUAAGGAAGUGCUAUGAGUUUUAGAUAACGCUUUACUGUAGAGGUAGUUGUGUUGGUGUGUCAGCAGCUAUUAUUUCCUUUCAUCUGACAUGCUUAAUGAACUGUUAUUUACGAAUGCACGAAUGAAAAAUUGUUUAUAAUUUAGCUUGUGAUGAAGUAACUUCAGCCGUUUUCGGUGGUGCAUAAAAUAUAUACUUUGAAUUAUAAGGAAACGGUUUCCAUUCUGCUGUAGGAUUGCGUGUUCCACCUUCGAAUGCAAAAUUUCUUCCUCUCCACCUAAUGCGGCGAUAAAUGAAUAUUUUCCUGUAGUGAGAUGAGUGCAUCAUCGAUUUGAUUUUCUAGCAUAAACAUCAUGCCGCGUGCUUGUCAUAUAAUGGGAUUAAGACUUUGUGGUGUAAUUAAGAACUCUUCUUUUUUUUCUUCAAUUUGGUAACUGUUGCGACGAUAUUUGUAAAUGUUACCUUUACGAUACAAUCGGCCAAUUCUUGAUUGAACGACUUAUCAUUGGUAACUCCCGUGACAACCUCUUAUCUGUAGGACACAAUGUAAGCACAGUGUUUGUGAGUGGUUUACAAAUUGUAAUUCGGAAAUAAACGAUAUUCCGAGUACUUCAGUUCUUACACGCGACGGACCGCAAAUGAUGAUUAACGGUAAGCAGUGGAACGUGUUGACUGCAAAACACAUAACAGAAGUGGACGCAGUGGCGUCACUGUAACCCGCACCUUCAGUAUAACAAAAGAAGUGCUAGGUGCUAUACCGAAAGUGAAUGCCUUGUAAAGUUUUUUUUUAUUAUUAGAUAAUGACUUUGCCUUGCCCUGACAUAUCUGGAGGGUUAUCAAUUCUAGACCACUCUUUCAUAAGUUCUUGGCAUGAAUAUACAGCCACACGCCGUUCUCUCUGCUCAUGUGUCCCAGUGUAUACCAGCUAUUGACUUCAGUAAUACUAGACCAGAAAAGAGUAACAGCAUUGCUUUGAAUUUUGAUUUUGAGGUGACACACAGUGAAAAUGUUACCACUUUCAAAGAACUGCUUCAAAACUGUUUCGUCCCUCUGCUCAGCCUACCCCUUAGGUCUUUCCAGCAAGUACAUUCUAAGAAAUGGAUUUGGUUCACUGAAACAACAAGUUUCAUUGACAGCUCAUAGGCAAACCACAUCUUUAGCUGCAUCCGCAUCUGCAUCUGUGAGAGCUGUGCCCAAAAAUGAGAGAUUGGUUGGAUAUUGGCUUUUGGGAUGUGGUUCCAUGGUUUUUGGUGCAGUUGUGCUAGGUGGGGUAACACGCCUUACUGAGUCUGGGUUGUCAAUGGUAACAUGGAGAUUACUUGGUGAAAAGAGACCAGUCACACAAGCAGAAUGGGAAGCUGAGUUUCUUAAGUAUCAACAAUUUCCAGAGUUCAAGAUAAAAAACAGAGACAUCACUUUAAAUGAGUUCAAAUGGAUCUGGUGGAUGGAAUACGCGCAUCGGAUGUGGGGACGUACACUUGGUGCAGCAUUCUUGAUCCCAGCUGCAUUUUUUUGGGCUCGUGGUUAUCUAAGACCCGCUAUGAAGAAGCGCGUUUUGGCAUUUGGCACAUUAAUUGGUUUGCAGGGCCUGAUGGGCUGGUAUAUGGUACAAUCGGGAUUGGAGGAUCGUUUCCAUGGAGAGAGUGACGUUCCAAGAGUGUCUCAGUACCGCUUGGCAGCACAUCUUAGUGUCGCAUUUGUGUUGUAUACACUCUUUUUGUGGUCUGCUCUUGACAUUCUGCUGCCAGCACAAGCAGCUCCACUUGUGAAUAAGGCAACACGCCGAUUUAGAAUGCUUGCACACACAUGCAAGGGCCUGGUAUUCUUCACUGCUGUUUCAGGUGCGUUUGUUGCUGGUCUGGAUGCAGGACUUGUGUACAAUUCAUUCCCAAAAAUGGCAGAUCGGUGGAUACCAGAUGAUAUUCUAGCAUAUUCUCCACCACUUUCAAAUAUAACAGAAAACCCGACAACUGUGCAGUUCAACCACAGGAUUCUGGGAACAUCUACACUGGGAAUAAUUACGGGAAUGUGGCUACUGUCACGUAAGAGGGUUCUUCCACCCCGUGCUUACACAGCAGCAACUGCUGUGGCUGUCAUGGCCUGGCUGCAGGUUACACUUGGAAUCACCACACUUCUCACAUAUGUUCCUGUCCCAGUUGCUGCAAGCCAUCAGUCUGGCUCACUUGUUCUACUGUCAUUACUUGUGUGGCUCACUCAUGAAUUGAAAUAUGUCAAGAAGUUACCAAAGUAAUGGAAAUAUAAAUGAUUGUUACCAACCA